AUGACACACCUACACGCCGGCCUAAGCUCCGAGACGACGGAGAAAGCUCGUUUGGAGCUGAACGAAAACCCGGACACUCUGCACCAGGACAUCCAGCAGGUGCGGGACAUGAUCGUGACGCGGCCUGACAUCGGUUUCCUGCGGACGGACGACGACUUCAUCCUCCGCUUCCUGAGAGCCAGGAAGUUCGACCAGGUGGAGACGUUCAGGCUGCUGGCCCAGUACUUCCAGUUCAGGCAGCAGAACCUCGACAUGUUCCAGAGCUUCAAGGUGGAUGACCCUGGUAUUAAGCGAGCGCUGAUGGACGGUUUCCCGGGCGUGUUGGAGACUCCAGAUCAACAUGGUCGAAAAAUCCUGAUCCUGUUCGCCUCCAACUGGGACCAGAGCAGGAACUCGUUCACAGACAUCCUGCGGGCGAUCCUGCUCUCCCUGGAGGUCCUGAUAGAAAACCCGGAGCUCCAGAUCAACGGCUUCAUCCUCAUCAUCGACUGGAGCAACUUCUCCUUCAAACAGGCGUCCAAGCUCACGCCCAACAUCCUGAAGCUGGCUAUCGAAGGCCUUCAGGACAGUUUUCCCGCUCGCUUCGGAGGAAUCCAUUUUGUGAACCAGCCGUGGUACAUUCACGCCAUGUACACCAUCAUCAAACCCUUCCUCAAGGACAAGACCAGGAAGAGGAUCUUCCUCCACGGUAACAACCUGAACUCGCUCCACCAGCUCAUCCAGCCCGAGUGUUUGCCGUCGGAGUUCGGCGGGACGCUGCCGCCGUACGACAUGGGCAUCUGGGCGCGAACGCUGCUGGGACCCGACUACAACGACGAGACGGAGUACACGCUGACGUACGACGCGCUGCACGUCAGGGAGAACUGUGGAGGAGGAGGAGACAAGGAGAUGAUGAAGAGGUCUCAGUCGGCCGUUGAACCAGGAACUCUCCGACAAACCGACAGAGAGACCAGCACGCCGCUACUGGCCCUGGACUGA